AUGUCGAAGGAACCACAGAUUACAAUUAGAAAAGCAGGCAGGGAUGAGGUAGAUUUUAUUCUAUCUGAUGUCGAACUGUCAUUGGCGAACUCGUUGCGUCGAGUUAUGAUUGCAGAGAUCCCCACGCUUGCAAUCGACUUGGUGGAGAUCCAAGUGAACACGUCUGUUCUAGCUGACGAGUUUAUCUCGCAUAGACUUGGUUUGAUUCCAUUGGACAGCACCGACAUUGACCAGCUCAAAUAUACCAGGGACUGCACUUGUGAGGAUCACUGCGACAAGUGCUCUGUGACCUUGGAGCUCCGGGCGAACUGCGAGACGGACGAGACGAUGAAUGUCUAUUCGAGCCAGUUUAUGAUCACUUCCAACACGGGGAACACGACGCUUGGUCAGCCCGUGGUGAGGGAUCCCAUGAAGAAGGGCAUUUUGAUCUGCAAGCUCAAGAAGCACCAGCAGCUGCAUGUCAAGUGUAUUGCGAAGAAGGGUAUCUCCAAAGAGCAUGCAAAAUGGUCGCCCUGCUCAGCUAUUGGGUUUGAGUACGAUCCAUACAACAAGUUGAAACACACCGACUACUGGUACGAGGAGAGCGUCGAGAAGGAGUGGCCCAAGAGCAGCAACGCCGACUGGGAGGAGCCUCCUAUUCCGGGGGAGAAGUUUGACUACAAUGCCAAACCAGAUAAGUUCUACAUCAAUCUCGAGACCACCGGUGUUCUCAAGCCAAACGAGGUCUUCAACAAGGGCUGUUUGGAGCUACAGCAGAAGAUCGCCAAUAUUGUCUUUGAGUUGGGCAAGCUAGACCAACAGCAACAGCAGCAACAACAGCAACAAUCUGCAAAUCCAGACGAUUUGACCAACAUCGGGUAUUCAAAUAUGGGUAACGAGCCAUCAAUGAAUGGCCGUCCAAAUGCCACCCAGUAUGGGGGCCAUACCCAGUACGGCGGCACUUCUUACGGCGGGAACACACACUAUGGGGGAGGCGACUACACCGAAGGUGGCAGAUGGUGA